UAUGGCAUCCAGAUCAAGAGGUUCUCUUCUUUUAGUACUUGUAGGCUUCAUAGUAAUUUUCCUUGCCCCUAUAGUGAGGAGUAGUAAGUCCGUUAUAACACCUAGUCUAAGUGGUAGUCUCUACGACACUUCAUUCCUCAAUCGGAGCAGUUUUCCAUCAGGUUUCAUAUUUGGGACAGCUUCAGCAUCUUACCAGUAUGAAGGUGGGGCAAAUGAAGGUGGCAGAGGACCAAGUAUAUGGGAUACGUACACCCAUAAGUACCCAGGUAAGAUAAAAGAUGGUAGCAAUGGAGAUGUCGCAGUAGAUUCAUAUCAUCGCUAUAAGGAAGAUGUGGGGAUUAUGAAGGAAAUGAAUUUGGAUGCUUAUAGAUUUUCUAUCUCAUGGUCCAGAGUGCUGCCAAAUGGGAAACUAAGUGGGGGUGUGAACAAGGAAGGGAUAGGAUACUAUAACAACCUCAUCAAUGAACUCCUUGCCAAUGGUAAUUUCUAUAAAUUAAUCUUAUAUUACUGGGAUCUUCCGCAAAGCUUGGAAGAUGAAUAUGGUGGCUUCAUAAGUCCUCAAGUUGUGAAGCAUUUUAAGGACUAUUCAGAGCUUUGUUUUAAAGAAUUUGGUGAGCGGGUGAAGCACUGGAUCACAUUCAAUGAGCCACUGGCCUUAAGUGUGGCUGGUUAUGCAACUGGGGAUUUAGCACCGGGACGAUGUUCUGAGUGGCUAAAACGCAACUGCACUGGGGGAGAUUCAGGAGUUGAGCCAUAUUUGGUCACACACAACCAGCUUCUUGCUCAUGCAACAGCCGUUAAGUUAUAUAAGGAAAAAUAUCAGAAUUCUCAAAAGGGAUUGAUAGGAAUAACGUUGGUGUCACUGUGGGUUGUGCCAUUUUCUGAGGCAAAGAAGGACAAAGAUGCAGCACUUAGAUCCUUAGAUUUUCUGCUUGGAUGGUUUAUGGACCCAUUGACAAAUGGUGACUACCCGUACAGUAUGCGAUCUCUUGUUGGAAGCCGAUUACCUAAGUUCAAGAAGGAGCAAUCCGAAUUGCUGAAGGGAUCAUUUGACUUUAUCGGAUUGAACUAUUAUACAUCUAACUAUGUAUCCGAUGCACCGCAACUACGCGCUGGAAAUGCAAGCUACUUAAAAGACUCCCUUACUUCAAUUUCACCCGUGCGUAAUGGAAUUCCCAUUGGGCCAAAGGCUGCUUCAGAAACUGUGUAUAUUUAUCCGAGGGGCAUUAGAGAUGUUUUGCUCUACACCAAGAGAAAAUAUCAUAAUCCGGUUAUUUACAUCACAGAGAAUGGCGUUGAUGAGCUUAAUGAUCCCAAGUUAUCUCUUGAGGAAGCCCUAGUUGACAACCAAAGAGUUGACUAUCACUUUCGCCAUCUUUAUUACCUUGAAGCAGCGAUCAAAGACGGUGUCAAUGUGAAAGGGUACUUUGCGUGGUCGUUGCUAGACAACUUUGAAUGGACGUUAGGAUACACUGUUCGGUUUGGUAUUAACUAUGUUGAUUAUAAAGAUGGGUUGAAAAGAUACCCUAAACUCUCAGCAUGUUGGUUCAAACAAUUUCUCAGAAAAUACUAAGACAUAUACAAAUGUCUUUUUCUUUCUGGGUCGAGAGAGAGAACAAUGUCAAUCGAGAUAUUUAGCUCACACAACAUAUGAGUAGAACUUCUCCAACUAAUAAACAGAUAUAACCUGAA